CGUCCGCUACUCCCAUAGCUUGGGAGGAAGUGUUAUGACUUGCAACCGUAGGUCUUUGUGAGGCAGACAGGAAUGCUGGUGUUUCAGAUUAUCCUGGAAGGGUGUGGAGCGAGGACUGCCUCUUCUGUUGCGACUGCUACUGCAUACAGCCACAUUCUCAGCACAGAAGGAGAAAUAUCAUUUGAGUGAGAGCGCGUCAGGUGGUUUUCAGAAAGAUGGCAGGGAAGAUAUCAAAAGACGAUCUGGAGGAAUUGCGUGAGGCCUUCGAGAAAGUUGAUUUGAAUGGCAAUGGUUUCAUCUCCGACUACGAGCUCCACGACCUGUUUAAAGAGGCCAAUCUGCCGCUGCCGGGGUACAAAGUGCGAGAGAUCAUCCAGAAACUCAUGGAAGACGGGGACAAGGACAAGGACAAUAAGAUCAGCUUUGAUGAGUUUGUGUCUAUCUUCCAGGAGUUGAAGAGCAGUGACAUCGCAAAGAGCUUCAGGAAGGCCAUCAACAGGAAGGAGGGCAUCCUGGCAAUCGGCGGCACGUCUGAGCUGUCCAGCGCGGGCACACAGCACUCAUUCUCCGAGGAGGAGAGGUUUGCCUUCGUGAACUGGAUCAACACUGCGCUGGAACAUGACCCUGAUUGUAAACAUGUGCUGCCCAUGGACCCCAACGCUAACUCUCUCUUCAAGGCUGUGGGUGAUGGUAUUGUGCUCUGUAAAAUGAUCAACCUGUCAGUGCCUGAUACCAUUGACGAGAGGACCAUCAACAAGAAGAAACUUACACCCUUCACAAUACAGGAAAAUUUAAACCUGGCUCUUAACUCUGCCUCUGCCAUCGGCUGUCACGUGGUGAACAUCGGGGCUCUAGAUCUGCGGGAGGGGAAACCUCAUCUGGUCCUGGGCCUUCUGUGGCAGAUCAUCAAGAUCGGUCUGUUCGCUGACAUCGAGCUGAGCAGAAAUGAGGCUCUGGCAGCUCUGUUGCGGGACGGAGAGACUAUAGAGGAUCUGAUGAAACUUUCUCCAGAGGAACUGCUGCUCCGAUGGGCCAACUACCACCUGGACAACGCUGGCUGGAGCAAGAUCAACAACUUCAGCCAUGAUAUAAAGGACUCCAAGGCUUAUUUCCACCUGCUCAACCAGAUCGCACCUAAAGGCCAGAAGGAGGGUGAAGAUCAUAUUGACAUCAACAUGUCAGGCUUCAGCGAGAAAGAUGACCUGAAGCGAGCGGACUGUAUGUUGCAGCAGGCAGACAGACUCGGCUGCAGGCAGUUUGUCACCUCCACUGACGUUGUGUCUGGCAACCCUAAACUCAACUUGGCGUUUGUUGCCAAUCUCUUCAACAAGUACCCAGCGCUGACCAAACCCGAGAAUCAAGACAUCAACUGGGGACUUCUGGAGGGAGAAACCAGAGAAGAAAGAACAUUCAGGAACUGGAUGAAUUCUCUGGGUGUCAGUCCUCAUGUGCAUCACUUAUAUGGUGAUCUUCAAGAUGCUCUGGUCAUCCUGCAGCUGUAUGAGAAGAUCAAGGUUCCUGUCGACUGGAACAACAAAGUCAACAAGCCACCAUAUCCAAAACUAGGGGCCAACAUGAAAAAGCUGGAGAACUGUAACUACGCUGUGGAACUAGGGAAGACCAAAGCCAAUUUCUCACUGGUGGGCAUCGGGGGGCAAGACUUGAAUGAUGGGAACCCCACACUAACUCUUGCCCUCGUCUGGCAACUCAUGAGGAGAUACACUCUAAAUGUCCUUGAGGAUCUGGGAGACGGACAGAAAGUCAACGAUGACAUCAUCGUCAACUGGGUUAAUAAAACACUGUCAAAUGCGGGAAAAUCAAGCAAAAUAUCAAGUUUCAAGGACAAAGAGAUCAGCUCCAGUCUGGCAGUAUUGGACCUGAUUGAUGCCAUCCAGCCCAACUCCGUCAACUAUGACCUCGUCAAGAGAGGAAGCCUCAGUGAUGUGGACAAACUGGACAAUGCAAAGUAUGCUGUAUCCAUGGCCAGGAAAAUUGGCGCUCGUGUGUACGCUCUACCCGAUGAUCUUGUGGAGGUGAAACCCAAGAUGGUGAUGACUGUGUUCGCGUGUCUAAUGGGCAGAGGCAUGAAGAGGGCGUAAAACGGGAUCCUGCCAAUCAAACGCUGAUGUCUUACCCAAAAGCCAUUUUGCUGGUUGAAAUGCUUCUGGCUCAGUAAAUUUAUUACAACCACAAUUUAAGAAAAGAAAAAACUAAAAACAUUGCCAACAGAUGUUAAAGAAUUAUUUUUAAGUUUGGCAGGACUACAAAGUUUGGGGGGGGGAGUUUUUGGAAAGGGAGGAUUGGUUCUUUAAGACCAAAGCAAUUAUGAUUCCACACAGAUAGCAGCUCUGUGAAAGGGACAAGCCCAUGUCAAAUUAUAUCUUCAAUCAAAUGACUAAAGCAUAUCUGCGUUGGAUUCAAGCCAAGCUAGGCUCUGCUUUGAAAUACUAUAUUUACAUAAUUGAUCAAAUAAGUUCGGGUUAGUUUAAAAUGGCCUUCUCAAUUUGGCAGCAUUGAAUGGUAGCAUCACAACUGGCCUUACUAGAUGCAGUAUUGCCUCUAUGCAGCACACAAUUGUGUUUUAGUUUUCUGUUUUUAAGUCAUAGACCGCUUAUUUUCCUUAAGUUUUAUACAUGUUACGGAAUUUACCAGGAAAGAAUAAUAUGUAUACAUAAUUUUUGGUGAGAUGCUUUUACACAUUCCGUUGUUAAAUCUCAUUGUACAAUUUGUCUUAUGUAUAUGUAUACGAAACAAUGCUUUUUACGUACAAUAGAGAUCCGACAGAAUGAACUAUGCAUGAUCUAUAUUUUAUAUUUAAAGCAAUACACUCCUCAGAAUAUGUCUUAAAGCUUUAAGCAUUAACCGAUUCAUGUUGUUUGUUCAGUACGAAGAUUAAAAAUAGAGGUGCAACUUUGAUUUGCAGAGGAAGGUUAUAACAUGUGUUCAAUGUCAAACCUGUUACCGAGUUGCCGGGGAACGAAACUGGAAGUGGCUGGUCUUACCGCAGCAUGUUACUUUUGGACCGAAGCAGCUCACACCAAAUGUCUGUAACUGAAAAACAUUGCAAAUAAAGCAGAAAAUAAAACUGUUCAUAUUA